AUGCCCGCUGCGACAUUGCUCGCUCCUGUGCAAGCCACACCUGUUUUCUCGCCAAAGCAGCGGCUUUCGUCACAUAAUGCGACCCUGAAUUCCAAGACAGCGCGCAAAACUGCGUUAUGUCACUGGAGCACCUUGCCUGUUGACAUAAUAUUAGAAGUCAUCUGCACCACACCCUUCACGCCAUGGACUUUCUCUGCUAUGUUUCGCACAAGCAAACACAUCUGUCAGAUUCUCCACAACUACGAGCUUUCCAUCGUGCAGGGCAUUGCGAAGCGACAGUUUCCUCACGUCGCGGAUGCCUUCCCGCCCUCUACAUUCGGACUGACCACACCAUGCUAUGCUUGGCUCACCAUGCUCCAACGCCGCGCCCGUGUCGUCAAUACUCUCUCCACGCGCAUACAAGAUCUUCCCGAAGGCGGUUCGUAUCCGCUGCGCAACCAGCCAGAGCGCUGGCGACGCAUUACCGAAGCCGGAUUGCUCAUGAUAUACUAUCUCCGUGAUCUCCCUACGCAUGCGGCCAAGGUCGCAUGGCUUGAUUCUUUGCCGCUCGUCUCAAUUGUGGCGCUGGAGAUUGCUUUGCUUCUGACUACAAAGCUCGGCGAGGAGUUUGGCCGCGGAAUCGUCAAUCGGCAGUGGGUCGAAGGCGACUUGUCUGCCCAUUCGGACAUUUGUCUCGUCUUUGGCGAACUUGUGCUUGUCAAGGGUCCAGAGUUCGCCAUUCGCAUUCUGGACGGCGAAAGGGCCAUGCGACGAAUCGGUCAUGACGAGGCUUAUGUUCAGACUCGUCCCGUUCCCACUCGAUCGAAACAAUCAACCAAUCGAGAUCUUCAUCUUGAGAACCAGACUGUGCAAAUCAAAAAGGCUGGCAACAAGGUGGGAAGCUCUGAAGCUCAGGCUCAAAUCACACCAGUCGAUAUGAGUCUGUCCGAGUCAGUACUCGAAGAAUGUCAAAAAGACGAUGAUGAAGAGAUACUCGAGACCGAAUAUGCUCUGUCUGAUCCAGGUCACCGGCGCAAAUUCGCUGCAUACAAUUACACCCUCGACGAAUCAUCUUCAUCUGACGAGGAAGACGCGGAUGAUGAUGAUAACGACGAGAGCUGUACAACUAGAACUACGCACGCCCAGGGAUUCGACUACAAUAGUCUCUUCCCCGACGGUGACAACAGCAAUAACGCUGACGUCGACAACAUUGCCAACCCUGGCGAAGAAGAACCGGCAGUAAUCACCAAUCACGUCCUCUGCGAAGCUGAGGCCCAACACGGGAAUCAAGACGAAGGAAACUUCCCAGAGAGCGGCAGCGGCAGCAGCAGCAGCAGCAGCAGCGACCGCACAUCUUCUUCUUCCUCUUCUCCUUCUCCUUUCCCCAGGCGAAACCUCCCACCCAGCGAACAAGUCCCCGCCACUGAACUCUUAUACCGCCACUGGCUCACCCUCGACGCCUACCAAAUGCACGGUCCCCACACGGUGCAGCUGCGCACGCUGACUAGCCAUCUCGGCUCUGCAUUCUGCCGGCUCGACGGCUGCGAGAGACGCUUCGUUACCUUUCGCCUCUGGGAAGUCCUCGCCAGGUCCAAAUUAUGGGAUAUGCGCGAUGAUGAAGUCGUUGAUGUUUUGUCCGGUGUCAUGGAGGAUGUUAAGCCCGAUACUGCUGAUCAGCAGUAG